UAAUGAAAGUGAAAAAAGAAGAUUUUACCGAUUUUCCAAGUAAAAUUCAUAAUAAAAUUAAGGAAACCGACGAAGAAAUUGAUAAAAUAUUAAAAACGGAAUCAGCUAUUACAAAUUCAGUCUCUGAGAAAACCGUUACAGCCACUGAGGAUGAAUCAACCGAUGAUUUUGAUGAAUCUGUUUCAUCGGGAAGUAGUCGUAUUGCAUGUAUUCCAGCUAGUUCCGAUAAUAUUUUAGCUCGACGUGAGCGUGCAGCUUUUAAUUAUGUUCUACCCUUCAUUUUAAAAGCACAGACCUAUCGUAUUAUCUUAUUCUCAAUCAUCACAGCGAUUUUAGCUGCGUUAGAAUUUCAUUUUACUGAAAAACAAGAUAUACUUGGUAACGAUGAAAUUGAGAUAAUUUAUCAACCGAGUAAAGCUUUAGCUGGAAUUUUUUCAACAAUUGGUUUUCUAUUAGCGGUUUUAACACAAAAACCGUAUUUAGGUUUACCAUAUGUUUCAGUUAUGCUCUUUAUUUCCACAACGAAUUAUUUCGAAUUAAUUAAAAUGAUACUUUUCCGAUACGGUAACGGUUUAAAUUUAUCGUUAGUGAAUUUAGUAUGGUUAGUGUUCUUUUUCUCAACUGAUUUAUCGUUAGUUUUUACUGCAUCGAAAAUUUUAUAUUACGAAUGGAUUACACGAUGCAUGAAAUCAUGUAAUCAAAAAUUAUAUGAAUUGGAUGAUUUUUGUAAGAAGAAUAAAUUAAAUUUUUAG